GUUCCCUCCCAGCUCCUCUGACUGCCCUGGAAUGGCCAAGGAACCAGGGAAGGUCGGAGGCCAGAUUUGGGACCAGGGCUUCCCAUCCGUGUGGAGAACCAGCAGCUUCGGUGGAAGAACCAGUGGAACGGGGAGGACUGGGACCCAUGCCCUGCUGGGGGCUGCCCUGGCUCCCGCGGCACAGUCUGGGGCCCAGCUGCGCGCCCCCUUCUCCUCCCCCCUUUCCAGGCCUGCCAGGAGCCGGCUCCUCAUUUUUGAAAGAUCAGGAAGGUCUGGGAGUCGCCGUGAGCGGCGCGGAACGCAGGAAAACACACGGAAGGCCCAGGAAAGCCGAGGCUUCGCGGGAGUCGGCGUUCGAUGGGCUGCAGCUGCGGCGGGUCCCUCCCCCGCCCCACGCCCGGGCUGCCUCCGUCCGCCUGCGUUUCUCAUCCUGGCCCAUCGGGUCCCCAUGUGCACCGCAGGCGCGAAAAGCCGAGCGCCUAAUCCCUCAUCCUCCCCCAACCUCCAGCGCCUUUGAUCCCCUUGAUGUGAUGGCCCCAAGAUCCCUCGGAAAGCGCAGCAGCGCCCCGGCGCCUCCCCCACCCCCGCCCUGCCUCCCAACGCCUCCGCCUCCGCACGGGGACCUGGGAAAGGAGGACAAUUCAUCUCCAGCGCCGCGCGGAUCAAAGCCGGCGCAGAGGUUCCGAGGUAAAGUGACGUGAGCAGAAGCAGAAGGACAACUUGUUCUCUCGUCACAACGCUGAGGGACUUGGAGAGACUUGAGAACUUGGCUCGGCGCUAUGAUCAGCUCGUUUCCAGAGGCCCAAGGAUGGAGCUCACACACCUUCUGUUCCCAGAGGUGGGGGAGGAAAUGUGCAGAAUGAGGCGCGUUUGGGACGUGGCCAAGGUGGGGAUUUGUUUUGCUUGACUGUGCAUAUGUACAAAGGUUUUCUUUUUCCUCCCAUUGUGGAGAGGUUGGAAAGAAAAUAUCUGCUUGUUAGUUGAACAUUAUUUUUAAGUGAAUUUAAAAUAUAAAAUAAAACGAUAUCGUAAAAGAUUUUUUUCUUUCUGGUUUGAUUAGAAAGCUUCUGGCAUCCUUUCCAACUCCGAGAUUAUGUGAGUCUGUCCCCUGGGUUUAAAUUAUUUUUUUUUUUGUCCUGAAAGUUUUUUAGUUGUCAUAAAUUUUAUUUGCUAUUAAUUUGCAGGAGUCUUUGAGCGGGGGAGGGAUAACGAGAAAACAACGAGGAUGUAAAAAGAGAAAUAAAAAGGAAAACGUGCGAGGAAAAAAAUCUCAUCUCAGCCACGUGUGAAGCGUCUGCUCUCUCCGGGCUUCCACCUCCUAAUGGGUAAAAUAAGUCCGUUGUCCUGACCCCAGAUGUGUCGGCUUUGGUCCAAGGUGAUCUCCAAGGUUACAGGUCUGGAUAGGAGGGGACCAUGUGAGAAGAAGACUAGGUUUGAGCCACCCCGGUCUCUCUUCUCUCUCCUUCCUCCCGUCCCCUUUUAGGAGGAAGAGGAGACAGAUGAAAGGCAAGAAAGGAGACAGGGAAGAAGCAGGCAGAGAACUAGGAAGCCCUCCAGGAGGCCCCGAUCACUCAGGCUCCACUUCCAGAUGUUGCUUAUGCACGCCUGAAUUUCUCCCUCUCUAAACUACAAGAAAUAACAGGAAACCCGAAGCCUGUGGGCUGACAGCCUUCUCUUCCUGAGGACUCUGGGCUCCUGAACUCGGGGCCAUCAGUGCUGACAGAAGCAGCUCAGAAACCAUCAAACGUGUUAACAGGAACCAUCAGUCUAGAAUUUAGCAAGCAGCAAUUAAUAAGAAUAAAUAAAUUGGGGGCAACUAAGUGGCCCAAUGGU